AUGAAGGGACUGAAGGGUGUCCUAACAAGGUCAAAGUCAGCCUCCUCCUCAGACAGCGCCAAAAAGAACAAGACCUCCGCCAACAGCACCCCCAACAACCCCACCAUCAACACCUCUGACCUCUCUUCCUCCUCCUCCUUCUCCUCUUCCAUUUUAUCCUCCUCCACCACCUUGACCAACGGACAACAACAGCAACAGCAACAGCAGCAAUCACAUCAUCCCUUCGAUACCCACCCAACAACUACUUCAGCAACAAGUGCAAGUGGUAUUGCUCAGUCCCUCUACGCCAUCGCGAAUCCCUUCAAGUCCUCCGCCCCCAACCCUGCUCCGACCGUCAACACCAACAACGCCACUGCCCAAGACCCUAGUCUGGCACAGGCUCACACUCUUGCUCAAAUUCAGGCGCAGGCCCACAACCAGACUCAGCAACAGAGUCAAAGAGAUCAGCAACAACAACAACAGCAGCAGCCUCUCUCUUUGUCUUCUGCCAACAAUAGCAACAAUAGCAACAUUAACAGCCACGGUGCCAUUCCGCCUUCCAUUGUCAUAAUGAACCCACUGGACACCCGCGAUCAACAACCGCAACUCUAUGGAGAGUCCCCGCACGGCGUUCAGUCUCCACUCAGUCCAGGAACUCCCACCGGCAAAGGAGAAAAAGAGAUGCCGAAAAGCGGACCAAUCAACAGGAUGAAAAACUCGCCCAAGGAUGCGAUCCCUAUCAGCAAAACUCCCCGUCGACAACGGUCGUCUCGAUUCCAUGUCACAGAGCGCGUUUCGCUAGAAAGGUUGCAGGCAUUGGACGAGGUGGCGCAUAAUGAUCGACAAGACCUGUUUUUGAGAAAGAUUGGUCAAUGUGCGGUCCUGUUCGACUUUAACGAUGCCUCGUCAGAGCUCAAGGGCAAGGAGAUCAAACGUCAGACGCUGUCAGAGAUCCUGGAAUACGUCACCAACAACCGCGGCGUUAUCACGGAACCUGUCUAUCCAGAGGUCAUCAACAUGUUUGCAACAAACCUCUUUAGAACGAUUCCUCCUCAGGUCAAUCCAACAGGCGACGCAUUUGAUCCGGAAGAAGAUGAACCUGUUCUCGAACUGGCAUGGCCUCAUCUCCAGAUCGUGUACGAGUUCUUCCUUCGCUUCAUUGAGUCGCCCGACUUUGGCACCAAUAUCGCUAAAAAGUAUAUCGAUCACCACUUCAUUCUGCAGUUGCUGGAACUGUUUGACAGCGAGGAUCCCCGCGAGCGAGAUUUUUUAAAGACGACACUUCAUCGGAUCUAUGGAAAAUUCCUCAACCUCAGGGCAUUCAUUCGGCGGUCAAUCAACAAUGUAUUCUUCCAAUUCAUUUAUGAGAAGGAAAGACAUAACGGGAUUGCCGAGUUGCUGGAGAUUCUUGGAAGUAUUAUCAACGGAUUCGCAUUGCCACUGAAGGAGGAACACAAGACAUUCCUGACCAAAGUCCUCCUGCCGCUUCACAAGGUCAAAUCUCUGACACUUUAUCACCCCCAGCUGGCCUACUGCGUUGUCCAGUUUCUGGAAAAGGAUCCAGCCUUGACCGAGGAGGUGAUUCAUGGACUCUUGCGAUUCUGGCCUAAAGUGAACAGUCCCAAGGAAGUGAUGUUCUUGAAUGAAAUCGAGGAGAUCCUCGAUGUCAUUGAGCCAUUGGAGUUUGUCAAAAUCGAAGGCCCACUCUUUACGCAGAUCGCCCGCUGCGUCUCUAGUCCGCACUUUCAGGUUGCUGAGAGGGCGUUGUAUUACUGGAACAACGAGUAUAUUGUCAACUUGAUCCACGACAAUGCCAAUGAAAUCCUGCCCAUUAUGUUUCAAUCUCUCUACAAGAACUCGAAGACUCAUUGGAAUAGGACGAUUCAUGGACUUGUUUUCAAUGCGCUCAAGUUGUUCAUGGAUGUGACCCCGCAGCUGUUUGACGAGUGUACCAACCAUUAUCGACAGGCGCGACAAAACGAUCGAAAGAGGUUGCAGGAUAGAGAAGAGCUCUGGCUGCGACUCGAACAGCAGGCUGCAGACAAUUAUGCAAACUUGGCAGCGCAAGGAGACGUUGUGGCGCCGCCCCCACUAAUGCCGUUCACCCCCGUUGACUCCGUCCCGCCUCCACUAGUGGCGUCCGAUCAAGGAGGAGAGGUCGAUAUGAUUGACAAGGACGGCAGUGAGUUGGACGGUUCGGUAUCGGGAGGCGCAGACCAAGACAUGUACGGCGGGGACCUUCAAACGUUUGAGAACAGCGGACCGGUCUUUCACCAGUUCCGUCGGAAAUCAAUUAUCCCUGUUGAUGAGACUGUGUUGACAGAGCUCUCGCGCCAUCGCAGUCUGGAUGAGGUCUUGAAUGAACCGCCUUCGCCGUCUACGCCUACGACCUUUGCCCAUCACCCUAUUCCUGCGCCUGGUGCUGGUUCUGGUAGUGUUCCUGGCGUCGGGGUUUCGGGCUCGUCUUCGAACGUGUAUCAUGUCCAGGAGACUUGA